AUGGAUCCUAAGAUGGCAUUCAAUCCGUCGAUACACCCGAAGACACCGCUAGUCUUCUACAACUCCGGGCACUCACCCAAUGGGUUGCCGGGUGUGCCAUCGACGGCGCCGGGACCUCCCCGACCACCGCUAGGACCGGGACCUCCUGGACCUAUUCGGCCACCGCCGGGCCUCAAGACACGGCCGCCGAUGUCGUGCCGAUGCGACGACCAGUUCGUGGACUUCUGCAAAAUGCACGCCAUAUCGCACUCGGAGUGUCGCACCACUGGUCACCUCAAGUGCUACCUCUGCGCCGUCACCACUGACCACAAGUCCAUCCAAUGGCACAUCGCUUCAGACAAACACAAGACGAGCCACAAUCAGCUCAUGGAGUACGUGCUCCUCCUGUCCCUCCCGAUCGGGAGCCCAUCCCUCGGCCACAAGUUAUCGCAAGCGCUGGAAAUCAAUCGCCAGAAGAGCUCUUUGAAUAAAAUGGAUUUCCAGAACCGGCUGGAAGUGGUGGACGCCAUCAACGCGUUGAUCCGUCGCAACGGUCUCCCGGACUAUACGGUCCGACUGUACGGCUCGACCAUCAGUGGAUUCGCCCUCAGAGACUAUUCGGACAUGAAUUUGGAUAUCGUUUGCGAUCAUCACUCGAACGCCGGAGCCGACACCAGUGACCGAUCGCUCGACUCCGUGGCCAUCGUGUUGUCGAAGAUCUCGGACAUUAUCCACAGGAGCGACGGCCUCUUCUACGACGUCCGCAAUGACUACAAUCUGAAAGUACCGAAAGUGCGGUUCAAAGACCGCGUCAAUCGCUUAGAGGUGGAGCUGUCGAUCACCGUCGAGAAGAGCUAUCGGGCGUCGAAACUACUGCAGCAGUACUGUCAGAUCGACGACAGGGUAGUGGUGUUGGGGGUCGCCCUCCGAGAGUGGGCCCGAAUGUAUCGCUUCGACGACCAGGAGAACGGUCUGUGGCCGGCCUUUGCCUUCCCCGUACUGGUCAUCCAUUUCCUGCAGCGCUGUCAGCCACCGGUGCUGCCCUGCCUUCACGAGCUCAUGAGUGGCAGUCAGUCGACGCCCAGUCCCUCCAAUCAGACGCCAAACUCCACGCAAAGCCAUCCGUCGUCGUCGUCGUCGCGGCAGCCGUUCGGUGGCGACGACAACGACACCGUUGAGGACGACUUCAACCUCUCGUCACUGAAUUGGAUCCCGAGGAACGACAAAACCGUGGGUCAGUUGUGGCUAGAAAUGCUUCGCUACUACGCGGCCGAGUUCGACGCCGAGACAUACGUGGUGUCCAUCCGCACCACACGACCCGUGUAUAUGAAGGCCGACAAGAAGUGGUCGACGCAUAUGCUGGCCAUCGAGGACCCGACCCGUCCGUCGCUGAAUUUGUCGCGAUCUGUGGGUACUAUGCGUUUGUAUAACGUCUUCAUCGAGCAGUUGAGGCAUUCGUUCAAAUACUUCGCCACUCCAUACGUGAACGUCAUGUCCAACAACUACAACACAAACGUGAGGUCCAGUCCUCUCUACACGGAACGGGACUUCGAUAUACUGGUGAACGAGACCCAGUUCUACGACCACUUCGACGUCAAUGACCUGUUGACGCAAAUCAAUCACAUCUGCAACGACUUGGACAACGGGGCCGACCGUAAGAACCAUAAGAACUCGGAUGAGUCGGACUCGGAUGACGAGAGCGCCCGGAAGGACAACUUCUACGUGAGGGCCAAACGCAUACUCAAGACGUUCGGCGUACGGAUGCAGUUGAGCCCCGAGUUGGAGGGGACGCUGCGGUUGAUACCCGCGAACCAACUGUCCGUGAAUUUUGCGAUAAACAAAACACCGUUCUUUCAGAUGCCGCAGAAGUUCUGCCGCCUGUGUCACCGGUACGGACACCUGCAGACCCGUUGCCCGGACAACGAGUUGCCGCAACUGAAGCCACUGCCCGAUCGGAUGGACCCGACGUACGACCAGCUGUUGACCGGUAUUUGUUUCGAGAUAUUUGACGGGAAAAAGAUGGAUAGGAAUGACGAGCAGAUCCAGUGCUCGAUUCUCGAGGAUUUGGAGGAAUUCAUACGCGAGGAGAUACCGAACGCCAGGCUCGAGCUGUUCGGGUCGACGAAGAACGGGUUCGGCGCCCGCUUUUGCGAUCUCGACAUCUGCAUGACGUUCGACGACAACACCACCGGCGAGGGACUGGAGUUCGCGAAGAUUGUCGAGAACGUGGGCGAAGUGCUCAAAGCGCACCGGAAGCUCCAGAAUAUCAUACCCAUACCGAUGGCCAAAGUGCCGAUCGUUAAGUUUGGCUACAAUUUCGACCGGAACCGGUACGUGGACUGCGACAUCAGUCUCUACAACAUACUGGCCCGCUAUAACACGCUAUGGCUACGGCUCUACACGCUCAUCGACGCCCGGGUACAGGUGCUCGGCUUCGUUGUCAAACACUUCGCUAAAACCUGUGAUAUGGGCGACGCCUCCCGCGGGAGCCUCUCCUCGUACGCCUACACCCUAAUGACGAUUCAUUACUUGCAACAGAAGCGCAUCAUACCGGUGCUCCAGGAGGUGGGCGUCGAGCGGCGCGCCGAGCGAAUAGUGGACGGCUGGGACACGUGGUUCUUCGACGACCUCCAGGCGCUCCGCAGCUACUGGUCCCCCGUAGCCAAUCACGAGUCGGUGGCGCAACUGUUUGUCGGUUUCCUCCGGUAUUACACAGAAGUGUUUGAUUUCGACAAUUAUGUGGUCUGUUGUCGACAAUUAGCGCCAUUGAAACGACUCGACAAGAUGUGGACGGGCUGUAAGAUUGCGAUAGAAGAUCCCUUCCUAUUGUCGCACAACUUAGGCGCCGGUGUGUCGCCGCAAAUGGCGGUCUAUAUCAAGACGUCGAUCAUUUUGGGUAGAAAUCUGUGGGGCAGCCCUCCCGUCAAAGGGCUGGACGCCCGGUACCGGUGUUGGGCCGACUACUUCUCGGACCGGCGCCUACUGACCCGUGGAAUGCCGCCCACGGGAAGGGGUUGUCGUAAUUGCGGCAAAAUUGGACACAAACAGAAUAAGUGCCCCGAACUGAAGGACAGGCAUCAGCGGUACGACCGGCCGCCGGACAGAGCGGACAGACAGCAGGAGCGGCCGCAGUAUAUCCGACACGAGAGGAACGAUAGACACGAGAGACCCGACAGGAGUCGAGACAAACCAAAGCCAAACCAUAGACGAAAAUAAAGUGACAAAUAAAACGAGUAAUUUGUUUGAAAUUAGACACGAAUUUGUGUUUUUUUGAAUGAAAAUGCGAUUAUAUUUUUGAUUAAUCGCACGAAGUUAUGAACUUAUUAUUAAUUAUAUUAUUAAGUAAUUUUUAAAAUUACCAUUUGUUUAGACACGCAGUAUAUAUAUCUCCCCCUCAUAUUAAGUUACUGAACAAAAACAUUUUGAAAUCUUAUUCUCAUUUUUUUUAAAAAACAUUAUUUUCUCCUUUUUUUCUCCCUUUUUAUUUGACAUAAAAUAUACACAAUUUGUAAAAUGAAUUGAAUUCAUUAAAUGUAAAUCAAAAAACGAUUAUUAAUUAUAUGAAA